CCACUUCGCCUCCGCCUCCGCCUCCGCCUCCUCCUCUGGGCUCCCGCGGCGCCAGUGCCUUCCCCUGGCCCGGGCGGGCGUCUUGGCUGUCUGCAGAGCGCUGGUAGAGUCGGGGGCUCCUUGUUGCAGAGAGCCAGUCCCUGGGCUGGGCUGGGCGACAGGUGCCGAGGGAGCUUCUGCCCUCAGGACCCGGGGAUGCGAAGGGAAAAGGCUGCUUCCAUAAUCCGGAUUCUUUCUAAACUGCGGAAAAUGUAUCUCUUUCAAGGAAAAGGUCAAGGCACUUAAUAGGAGCAAACAUCUAAACCACAGAGCAGAAUUAAAUGGCUCCUUCCUGGUGUCAUUUUGAGUCUGGUCUAAUUGAAAACUGAGGUAAUGAAGUCCAUCCUAGACGGCCUUGCAGACACCACCUUCCGAACCAUCACUACAGACCUCCUCUACAUGGGCUCAAAUGACAUUCAGUACGAAGAUAUCAAAGGCGACAUGGCAUCCAAAUUAGGAUACUUCCCACAGAAAUUCCCUCUAACUUCCUUCAGAGGUAGUCCCUUCCAAGAAAAGAUGACUGCAGGAGACAACCCCCAGCUGGUCCCCACAGAUCCAACAAACAUUACAGAAUUCUACAACAAGUCUCUUUCAUCAUACAGGGAGAAUGAAGAAAACAUCCAGUGUGGGGAGAACUUUAUGGACAUGGAGUGCUUCAUGAUUCUGAACCCCAGCCAGCAGCUGGCCAUCGCUGUGCUGUCCCUCACACUGGGCACCUUCACAGUCCUGGAGAACCUGCUAGUGCUGUGUGUCAUCCUGCACUCCCGCAGCCUCCGUUGCAGGCCUUCCUACCACUUCAUUGGCAGCCUGGCAGUGGCCGACCUCCUGGGAAGCGUCAUUUUUGUCUACAGCUUCGUCGACUUCCACGUGUUCCACCGUAAAGACAGCCCCAAUGUGUUUCUGUUCAAACUAGGUGGGGUCACAGCCUCCUUCACGGCUUCUGUAGGCAGCCUGUUCCUCACAGCCAUUGACAGGUACAUAUCUAUUCACAGGCCCCUGGCCUAUAAGAGAAUCGUCACCAGGCCCAAGGCCGUGGUGGCUUUUUGCCUGAUGUGGACUAUCGCAAUAGUAAUUGCUGUGCUGCCUCUCCUGGGCUGGAACUGCAAGAAGCUGCAAUCAGUUUGCUCUGACAUUUUCCCACUCAUCGACGAAACCUACCUGAUGUUCUGGAUUGGGGUCACCAGUGUGCUGUUGCUGUUCAUUGUAUACGCAUACAUGUACAUUCUCUGGAAGGCUCAUAGCCAUGCAGUGCGCAUGAUACAACGUGGAACCCAGAAGAGCAUCAUCAUCCAUACAUCAGAGGAUGGCAAGGUGCAGGUGACCCGGCCAGACCAAGCCCGCAUGGAUAUUAGGCUGGCCAAGACCCUGGUCCUGAUCCUGGUGGUAUUGAUCAUCUGCUGGGGCCCUCUGCUUGCAAUCAUGGUGUAUGAUGUCUUUGGGAAGAUGAACAAGCUCAUUAAGACGGUGUUUGCCUUUUGCAGUAUGCUCUGUCUGCUGAACUCCACCGUCAACCCCAUCAUCUAUGCUCUGAGGAGCAAGGACCUGCGACAUGCUUUCCGUAGCAUGUUCCCUUCGUGUGAAGGCACCGCACAGCCUCUGGAUAACAGCAUGGGGGACUCAGACUGCCUGCACAAGCACGCCAACAACACAGCCAGCAUGCACAGGGCUGCGGAAAGCUGCAUCAAGAGCACUGUCAAGAUCGCCAAGGUGACCAUGUCUGUGUCCACAGACACGUCUGCCGAGGCUCUGUGAGCCUGCCACCACCAUGGCUGCACAAAAGGAAAACAAAAAGAAAUUCUUUUUUUUUUUAAGCUUAAAAUUUAGAAGCCUAUUGUCUCAUCGGUUAUAUAUUUUUAACUUUACCAUGUUCAGUAAAGAGGUGACUGUGACCAUGAUUUCUUCUCAGUUUGCUGACAUCUCAGUAGUUUAGGUACUUAAACUCCAUUCUCCAGGGGUUUACCGUGAAGAAAGCCAGUUUCUUCAGUUUCUCAAUGGUCCUUCCAAGUCUCAGUGAAAUAGGAGGGAAACCUUUGGCUACAAAAUCUGAAGUCUAAGUACCCACAGAAAAAUACCAUCAAAUGAGUAAUGCCUUUGUAACCACAACUUUCAUGGUAAUGUGAUGUGUCUGUCCGUAGUAUAAGAGAUGUCCAUUUUUACAGCAGUUAUAGUGCUAUAGUAGAGAUACUUCGUAAAAUGUAUUAUGUCUUUUGAAUUGUGUAUCAGUGUUUACUGUGUGUCAUUUUUUUUGUCUAGCUUAGCAAAACUGAAAGGCAGACCUUCAUGAAAACAGUGGCAUACAGGAGUGGGUACACAGCAGUGCAACCACUGUUUGGAAAUACUAUUGUCCAUGGUAUAAUUAUAGAAACCUCAGUGUUUCUUC